AGUUAAUUCGUUAUUGCAGCAUUAAGAGUGUUUAAGGGGAUCAAAGAGGACUAAAAGAGCAAGACUUAAUGACAGUCGAAAGCGACAAUGAAGAUGAUCAAUUACCUGAUGGGAUAGAGGAUGAUGAAGUAGAUAGCAUGGAAGAUGAUGAGGGAGAGAGUGAGGAAGAUGAUGAAGGAGAUAGCGAGGAAUAUGAUGAAGGAGAUAACAAGGAAGACGAGGAUGGAGAAAGCGAGGACUUUGAAGAUGGGAAUGAUAAAGAGAGUGAGAGUGGCGAUGAAGGUAAUGAUGACAAUAAAGAUGCUCAGAUGGAAGAGCUUGAGAAAGAGUACAUGGAGCUUCGUUCACAAGAACAGGAUAUCUUGAAGAACUUGAAGCGUGAUAAAGGUGAAGAUACUGUUAAAGGUCAAGCGGUGAGGAAUCAGAAGGUAUGACCUUCUUCUACGGUUUGUUAAAUCAACAAAAAAUCAAAAUUUACUGAAACU